AUGGGCCUGGAAGAGCUGGGCUUCACCCUGUCCAUGCUGGGCGUGGCCGGCAUCAUUCUGAUCUGCGGGCUGCCCAUGUGGAAGGUGACGGCCUUCAUCGGCACCCACCUGGUGGUCAUGCAGGUGUUCUGGGAGGGCCUGUGGAUGACGUGCGUCAGCGAGUACACGGGCCAGAUGCAGUGCAAGAUCUACGACGCCCUGCUGGACCUGGAGCCCGACCUGCAGGCCGCCAGGGGCCUGGUGUGCAUCAGCCUGGUGCUGGGCUGCCUGGCCUUCCUGCUCUUCCUGCUGGGGGCCCGCUGCACCAACUGCCUGGGCCACGCGCGCGCCAAGGGCCGGGUGGUGGCGGCGGCGGGCCUGGUGUUCGCCCUGAGCGCGCUCGCCACCCUGGUGGCCGUGUCCUGGACGGCCAACGGCAUCGUCAGGGACUUCCGCAACCCGCGCGUCCCCGACGUGCUGAAGAAGGAGCUGGGGGCCGCCAUCUACAUCGGCUGGGUGACCGGCGGCCUGCUGCUGUGCGGGGGGGCGCUGAUGUGCGGCAGCUGCCCCCCGCCCGCCGCCAGGGCGGGGGGGGUUCGGGCGGGUAACUAA